GAUAUAUUUUUGCUGUGUUCUGAUCAGUUAACCAACGUGGCAUGCGAAAAAUAAGGGGCCACAUGGACGAAGUCGACGCCAUCAAUGCUCUUCGCUUCCCCUCUUCUAUUGGCCUGCUCUUGCUCUCGAGCUGCAGGGGGAUAGCAAAAAGGUGGAGAGUAGAGUCAACAUUGUCGAAAGAUCGGAGGAGACGGGUGAUAAUUAGCGAAACCCGGGACAGUUUUGUUCUUCUUCUUUCUUUCAAUCUCUGAUUUUCGGCGAAUACUAGGCGCAAGCGCUGUUAAUAUGGCUGUGGAAGUCAAUUUUCGGUACUGUAUUGGCCAGCGACGUUGGUAUCCCUCUUUUUAAAGUGAGGGCUGAGGUUUGAGGGACGGAGGAGUAACUUGGCGGGUCAACUGUGUGAUUGUUCUUAAAGACCCAACUUCUUCUUCUGAAUUCGGUGAAGGUUUUGGGAAGAAGGACCAACGGUUGGAGUUUUGUGUGCGCUGAGAUGGGAAACUGUUGGAGCACGAGGAUCAAGACUGUUAGCCCUUCAUGCAGCGCCUCUACCUUGGCCACAAGCUCAGGAACUAACUCGAAGGAUAGCAGCAAGUUUGGAAGUGGAUUAUACAGCAGCAGCGGCCGGACUUCUUCAUCUUCUGUGCCUCCCACUCCUCGUAGUGAAGGAGAGAUUUUGCAGUCAACAAGUGUGAAGAGUUUCACCUUCAAUGAGCUCAAAUGUGCGACGAGAAAUUUCCGCCCCGACAGUGUGUUGGGAGAGGGAGGUUUCGGUUCUGUUUUUAAGGGUUGGAUUGAUGAGCACACACUUUUGGCGAUGAAACCAGGGUUGGGAAUGAGUAUUGCUGUGAAAAGGCUCAACCAGAGUGGUUUUCAGGGUCAUAGGGAAUGGUUGGCAGAAGUUAAUUAUUUGGGCCAGCUACAUCACCCGAACCUUGUAAAGCUGAUUGGAUAUUGUUUAGAGGACGAGCAUCGCUUGCUUGUCUAUGAAUUCAUGCCUCGAGGGAGCCUUGAAAACCAUCUAUUUAGAAGAGGUUCAUAUUUUCAACCAUUUUCAUGGAGCCUGCGCACGAAGGUUGCACUUGGGGCGGCUAGAGGACUGGCUUUUCUGCACGGGACUGAUACAAAAGUCAUUUAUCGUGAUUUUAAAACUUCUAAUGUUCUUCUGGAUGCAAACUACUGUGCAAAACUUUCCGACUUCGGAUUAGCAAAAGAUGGACCUACUGGUGACAAGAGUCAUGUCUCUACUAGGGUCAUGGGAACAUAUGGUUAUGCAGCUCCUGAAUAUCUUUCUACUGGUCACUUGACUGAAAAAAGUGACGUUUAUAGUUUCGGCGUGGUACUCCUCGAGUUGUUAUCCGGCCAGCGUGCCGUGGACAAGAACCGCCCAACCGGAGAGCACAAUCUGGUCGAUUGGGCGAGGCCUUACCUCACCAAUAGGCGCAAGCUUUUCUGCAUCUUGGACAGAAGGCUCGAAGGGCAGUAUUCGCUCGACGGAGCUCAGAAAGUUGCCUCGCUCGCCUUACAGUGCCUGUCCUCCGAAGGGAGGUUGAGGCCGAGCAUGGAGGAUGUGGUGGCUGUUCUGGAGCAGCUUCAGAAGCCGAAUGAUACAGAGAAGAAAUCACAAGAGGAGCAGAAGAUCAGCGCUCAGAGCUUUGGGAGUGGAUCUCAGAAGCCUAGUGUGAGGAGUUUGGAAGAGAGUGGCAGCGGGAGGGCGGCGUACCCACGGCCAAUGGCUUCCUCUCUGUACGAGUAGGAAGCUUUUAUUUGUUGUGAUUGUUGACAUAAGAGAUUGGUUUUGUUUACUUCUAUUGUUGAACUGUUUGAUUGUAUAUAGAUUGUUUUUUCUAUUCGCUUUUGAAGGUUCGGUGAUCUCAGGAUAUUAAGGUUGAGGAAUAUACUAGCAAUAUCAGUUUGUGCUAAUCAUUCUGUUUCUUUAUUAGUUGGGGCAAAGCUAAAGAAAGACGAAUUGGAACUUCAGAUGUUAUAUAUAUA